UGAUUUGGUAAUUGACGCCCCUAACCAGGGGCAUCUUUGGGUAAAGGGGCUUAACUGGUAAUGGAUGACUAAUAGGCCAGGGCUUGGAGGGAGAGCCAUGUAAGCCUUCGUCAGUGUCUGGAUACAAAUGUCAUACCUCCCUCCUCCAUGAAAGAGGCAAAAUGGGAAGAGACCGGCAUGUAUGCUGGGUGGAAGCUGACAACUGAGAAUGUCAAGGCCAGAGGGACUUUGAGAUGUCAAGGAGCAGACCCUCCAAGCCUCCAGGCAGGCAGGUGGGCCUUGUGGGAGAGACCAAACAGAAAAAAAGAGGUUCACUUGUGAUACAGAUGCAGGCAAGGGGCCACAACACCCGAAGGGCGUUCUGACUAGCCGACCGUUACCACAGGUUGCAGAUUUUCUGGUUGGAGGCAGAAUGGGUGUACACAACAACCUGCUGAGGUCUUAGGGGAGAGGGGAGUAGAUGCGGCAAGUGAGGAAAAUGAGGAAUAACCGGGGGGAUGGGGAGGUGCUGUCCCCAUCAGAGACUCUGCUAUUAUGAGGUCAGAGACUUAAGCUACUAUGAGGUCAUAGAGGGUGGUCAAGGCCAAAAAAAAAUCAGGUCUAGAAAUCAGAUGGAGCAGGUGGGAACAAAGCCAUAGGGACAUACAACAAGAAAGAAGCUGUGGUCUUACCAGGAACCUGAAUGCCAUGAUUUCCCACUGAUGAGAUGGGAAAAUUUGGAUGGGUGCCUCAGCCCAUACUUAGGGGGACACUUUCUUGAUAUUUAGGGAAUUGGUAGCAUUCCCAACUGUGUAACCGCCUUCAGGAGCUAGUAGCUUUGGUCAUAGGAAGGAGAAGAAACUCCAUGAACGGUGGACUCAACAAUGACUCUUUCCUCCUGGAGACUAGAGGACCAGGAUCCAGGAUGGAAUGAAUAAACCUGAGGAGUCAGAGAAGUCAAGUGUUCUGGUCUGCUUCUGCCCCCUCUUCUGAGCCUCACUCGCCUUGUCUUUCAAAUGACAGCACUGGACUUGGUGGUUUCUGAGAUGGUCGUGACAUUUUAGGAAGCUGAGCUCAUGCAGCAAGGGAUUUUGGGCACACCACUUUGCAGCCCAGUGGGUGCGAUCUGGAAAUGCUGCUGGGAGUGUGCGAGUGGGAAGCACUCAGGGAAUGCCGGGGCCGCUGGGGGACAGACGGACAGACGUGCUCUGGAGUCUCGCCAGGAGCAAGUGGCAGACCUAGGGUUUCUAUAGUACGCCGGACAAUACCACCCCCCUGCGAAAAUGCAAAUACUUCACAUCCGUCCUGUUUGAUCUAUUCCUCCCGAGGACACACGUCCACGGUUUCCCCCAAGAAAGAGCAGCUGAGUCCUUGCAUCUUGUGGCAACUGGUGUGCCCAGCACCCAGUCCGUCGGAGCUGAAGGCAGCCCGGCCCCUUCUCAUGGGCAGCGCCCACCUGUGCUGAGGUCCUGCGGGAGUGGCGGUGAGAGGAGCUGCGCCAUCAGUGGUAACUGAAAAUGUCUGACAGUCUGGAUAAUGAAGAGAAACCCCCAGCUCCCCCGCUGAGAAUGAAUAGUAACAACCGAGAUUCCUCGGCACUCAACCACAGCUCCAAACCACUUCCCAUGGCCCCCGAAGAGAAGAAUAAGAAAGCCAGGCUUCGCUCUAUCUUCCCAGGAGGAGGGGAUAAAACCAAUAAGAAGAAAGAGAAAGAACGCCCAGAGAUCUCUCUUCCUUCAGACUUUGAACAUACGAUUCAUGUGGGGUUUGACGCAGUCACCGGGGAGUUCACUAACUCCCCCUUCCAGACCUCUCGACCUGUGACGGUCGCUUCAAGUCAAUCAGAGGGAAAAAUGCCAGAUCUCUAUGGCUCACAGAUGUGCCCAGGGAAGCUCCCAGAGGGAAUUCCUGAGCAGUGGGCACGGUUGCUCCAAACCUCCAACAUAACAAAGCUGGAACAGAAGAAGAAUCCGCAAGCCGUCCUAGACGUUCUCAAAUUCUACGAUUCCAAAGAAACCGUCAACAACCAGAAAUAUAUGAGCUUUACAUCCGGAGAUAAAAGUGCACACGGAUACAUAGCAGCCCAUCCUUCGAGUACAAAAACAGCGUCAGAGCCUCCUUUGGCUCCUCCUGUGUCCGAAGAAGAAGACGAAGAAGAGGAAGAAGAAGAAGACGACAAUGAGCCCCCGCCGGUUAUUGCGCCAAGACCAGAGCAUACGAAAUCAAUCUACACUCGUUCUGUGCUUGAAUCCAUUGCUUCACCAGCAGCACCAAAUAAAGAGGUCGCACCACCUUCUGCGGAGAAUGCCAAUUCCAGUACUUUGUAUAGAAACACAGAUCGGCAAAGGAAAAAAUCCAAGAUGACAGAUGAGGAGAUCCUAGAGAAGCUAAGAAGCAUUGUGAGUGUUGGUGACCCAAAGAAAAAAUACACAAGAUUUGAAAAAAUAGGUCAAGGGGCAUCAGGUACUGUUUAUACAGCGCUAGACAUUGCAACAGGACAAGAGGUGGCCAUAAAGCAGAUGAACCUUCAACAGCAGCCCAAAAAGGAAUUAAUUAUUAAUGAAAUUCUGGUCAUGAGGGAAAAUAAGAACCCCAAUAUUGUUAAUUAUUUAGAUAGCUACUUAGUGGGUGAUGAACUAUGGGUGGUCAUGGAAUACUUGGCUGGCGGCUCUUUGACUGAUGUGGUCACCGAGACCUGUAUGGAUGAAGGCCAGAUAGCAGCUGUGUGCAGAGAGUGCCUCCAAGCUUUGGAUUUCUUGCACUCAAACCAAGUGAUCCAUAGAGACAUAAAGAGUGACAAUAUCCUUCUUGGGAUGGAUGGCUCUGUUAAAUUGACUGAUUUUGGGUUCUGCGCCCAGAUCACCCCUGAGCAAAGUAAACGAAGUACUAUGGUGGGAACUCCCUAUUGGAUGGCACCCGAGGUGGUGACUCGAAAAGCUUACGGUCCGAAAGUUGAUAUCUGGUCUCUGGGGAUUAUGGCAAUCGAAAUGGUGGAAGGUGAACCCCCUUACCUUAAUGAAAAUCCACUCAGGGCAUUAUACCUGAUAGCCACUAAUGGGACUCCAGAGCUCCAGAAUCCUGAGAGACUGUCGGCUGUGUUCCGUGACUUUUUAAACCGCUGUCUUGAGAUGGAUGUGGACAGGAGGGGAUCUGCCAAGGAGCUUUUGCAGCAUCCAUUUUUAAAAUUAGCCAAGCCUCUCUCCAGCCUGACUCCUCUGAUUAUCGCUGCGAAAGAAGCAAUUAAGAACAGCAGCCGCUAGGACUGCAAGCCUUACCCCACACCAUCUCCCUCCUGAGUAAGACUGAACUGUGAAACUCUGCGGCAGGAAAGAGGGAAGCAAAGACAGUCCAAUGGGGUGGGGGUGGGGGUUCUUUAACUUUCCAAUGACUAGAAACUUCUUAUAAGCCUUUUUCCUACUCCCUCAGAUUAUGUAAUUUAUUUGUAAGCCUGAAUCGCAGCCCGAACCGGGCAGCAACGUCGAAGCGGCCGUGAAGUGGCCACUUCUUCCGUGAAGCGAAAGAGCCAGUAGUGAAUCCCCUCGUUUUGUGCAUUCGCUUUGAAGAAAACAAGGUUUCUCAAAGGUGCACACUCCCUCUUCAUAGUGUCGUGUUCGUUUUUAAGUUAGAGAGUAGUCCCUCUUGCAUUCGAACCUCCUUCGAAACUCCUUACCCAAAUGUGACGUUCUUCACUUGCACUGUCAUGAGGUGUCCAGAGGAGAAAAAAAAAAAAAAAGAUGUCAAAACGUUUUUUUUUUAAAGCAAGCAAAAAAUGAAAAGCAAAAACAAAACAAAACACAAAAAAACCACAAAAAAACAAAAACAAAACAAACAAAAAAAAAAUUACCCCAGAGCAAAUACUGUGUGACCACGUGGAAGUCCAUGCCCUAAUAGAGUUGCGAUUUUUCAUUCUUCUUCGAUAGUGGUGGCUUGGUGUGCGUACCUGUUUUUCUGCAUUUGUACUGGGAAAGGUUUCUUUGAAGGCAUGUUUCCAAAAGCAGAGAGGAGUAUAUGUGUUCAGGAAGGGCUUUUAAAAACUGCAUCUCUAAAUAUAAAGCGCAAACGGUGAAAUCCUGUCACAUUUUCACGAUGAUGCUUAAGAGAGGUAGUUGAUGUAUCGUUUGUAGAAACCAGCUUGCUCAUCUUCACGAUAACCUGAGAAAGGACCCCCCAAGCCUUGUGAACUCUCCUGUUGGGUGACUCCAGGUCCUCAACCUAGGAAAUCCUGGCAGGAGAAGUCAUACUUAGACAAAGAUGGGCCUUUCUCUGAGAGCCAAAAGGAAAGCAAAAUGUGUGUACAAUACUUAGAUCUUUGUUGGACAGAAGGAAACAAAACUAAAGGUACCUAAUCUAAUCCCCCCUGUGCUUGUGGAACACAGGCCGUCGGAAAAUAGGUGCAUUAGGAGGAAACAGACCCACUAGCCAACAUUUGUUCAACAUCUAUGAUCAAAAUCACGUGAAAAUUUAUAACGUUUUUAAAGUUCCUCAAAGGAUCUGGAGAACAGAGAUAUUUUAGGUAUUCGGCCCUGUCAGAAGUGGGAGGUCCGCGAAAACUACACCCCAAUCAAUAUUUGGCUCUAAGUACUUGUUCCCAUUUGCCCUCUGUCUCGCCAGUUUCUGUUUCAGGAUAUAGUAUGUUCAUACUUUGUCCUUUGCGCUUUUGAAUCUCAAAAACAUGUUCAGAAAGAUCUGGAAAUUCUCCAGUAAAAGUAAUUAGGGUUUGCAAUCAUCUAUCCCGAGAAGUAUCAGUUCCAACUGGUUUCCUUUUGUGGCUUAAGGAAAGCAUGAAAAUUUGACUAUUAUUUCACCAUGUAUCUACUUACUAAAAAGUCACCAGUUGGCACUUCCCGAAUCUUCUGAGAGCAGAAAAAUAUCUGGACGGUGUCUGCGUAGAAACAAAAUACAUACUUCUCUUUCAAAUGUACUGUCAGUUUUAUAAAUUUUGCAAAGUUGUUUCUCCAAACCUUUGAAAAGCUAACAAUUUGUGCUCCGGAAGGCUUCUUGAUGUGUAAUAUAUUUCAAGACUCUGAAGAGAACCUGUCUACUUCAGCAAGAGGGAGAAAGGGAAUGACAUGGGCCUCUCUUCCUCUUUGCCAAGGUACAUCUAGCCAUCUAGCCACCCGUCCAUUAAAACGAAAGCACUUUCUUUAGAGAAUUUCUGCUCACCAUAUAGGGUGCGUCUUUAUGUUUAGGAAAUGGCACCACUGGUGGAUUUCUUAUUUUCCUACUGUUUUUUUUUUUUUUUACUCUAACAUUUGGGAGGGGCUCGACACCCUGGAAAAUAGCCACAGUGAGAUAAAACAACAAAUGUGAAAAGAAAAAUCAAAUAGCAACAUUCAUUUGAAGCAUGCUGUGUUAUACUUUGCAAAAAGGUGGGUGGGCCUGAAAUUUUUAAUGCCACACUGUUCUAAUGAGAGAGAGAGAGAGAGAGAGAGAGAGAGAGGCCUUAAUUUUUAUUUCAUUUAAAGUUAAAUAUUUGUUUUAAUGUUUCAUUCAUAGUGCCAGGGAAUUCAGUGAAACCAUACCUGGGGUGUGAAUCGAAUUCAGUACGUUAACUAUGCCCUGCCAGUGGAGACAACCACACACCUGGUUGGGAAGCCCUAGUUGUUGAUUAGUGUCCCUUAGAUGUCAUUAAGGCCUUUGGGUGGGGAGAGGCCUGGAGCAGUGAUCCUUCAGAUCACUGUAGACAGAGAAAUGGCUGUUCUUUUAUGCUUUCAAUCCUGCAUAUUCACAACGAGCCGCCAGAUUUCUUCACCACAUCCCAUCGGACCAAGAUUUUAUGGUAAUAUAUCGCAGUAGGCUUUACUCUUACCAGUGUAUAUCUACGUAGAUUUUAAACGAGAACAGCUUCCAGAGACCCUCCCCCAUGUUGGAGAAUUACGUAUAUUUCUAAUAAGUAUUAGCGAGAAGCCGUUUCUCCUGCCAAAAAAGAUGCUGAAGGAUUCACGCUGGGUGCACUUGAACAACUUGGACUCCAGGUGGUUAAUCGUUUAUCCCCUUUCUCUGGACUUGUUUUUUUUUUUUUUUUUUUUUAAGCUCAUCUUGACACAGAUGAGUCUGUCCAGAUCUUUAAAGUUGCUAGUGUGCCCUGAGAAAAUGGGGGCACGUUGUCGAAUGUUGAUUCCAAAAUGUCCCGAGAUAGGGAUAGGGCAGUGGGAAAGUCAGGGAAGGGUGAGAAGCACAGUAGAGAUUAUUUAUUUAAGAAAAGAAAAGAACGUUAAUGUUGUAGCAAGGAUCCGGUGCGUUGUCAUAAUCCCAUGAAGAUUCUCGGAUGACACAAUCCCCCCCAAAUCAGUCACCAUGCUGGGUAAUGACUUCGUUCUUGCUGAUCUCGUCUAUGUGUCAUUGUAAAUAUUUGUGUGUCCAUGUUCCGUUUUGGCUACUGGAUGGCCAAGUCACGUAAGAAGAUUUAACUCAAGUAUUUAUUCUUUAAUUGUGUUACUCAGAUUUCUUCAGGCUUGUGGAUUGCACCCCGAUGUUGAGUUUAACCACCUGAUCCCCACAUCAAUCCCUCCCCCGUGAAGCACAUUCCAUUGCUAAAAAAACAAAUAUGAAAUUGCUUCCUGUCGUCUGUAUAACUGUUUUGAUAGUUUGAGAUGUUUGUCUAUAAAGGAUAUUUCUCAGCUCAAAGAUCGUGUAAAUAACUAUAUUCCUUUGCGCAGUGGGUUGUUUAUUUCUAAUGAGGCUGCCAGUUCUCAGAGAGAAAUCUAUAAAAUCACUUUUAAAUAGCGUAAACAGGGAUUACAACUAUGUAAAAAGUAAGUUGUGCAUAAUGGGCAAAGACUGGGAACACAGACCGUUGAAUCAGUUGUGUUAGGGUGGUGGGAUUAUGCAAAACAUUUUUUUCUUUCAAAAUUUUCUUUGAUAUUGUUCUAAUAUUGCUUUAUAAUAAACAUCAGAAAGGGAACUAUAGAGACAUAGAAAAGAUGCCAGGAGCAGAUGCCUUCUGGCCAGAGCCCAGAGCAUGCAGGGCACACAUAUUUGCUAGUUACAGUUAUUCCAUAGGCUUUAUAUUUGCCUGGGUGCUGAGGUUGGCACACGCUCGGGUAUGGCACGUGCUUUCUUAGGGGACUAUUAUCUGUAAGUUGAAGCUAGGGAGAUGUCGCUCUUAGAACUCCAAACACACCCAUCCUUCUGCUUUAAAAGUGGCUGCCCUCCACUUGGAUAUGGCAUGGAGGCUUCUGUUGUGGCUACUUGAAAUUGGAGGGGUGACAUGUGAUUAGCCCCCUUGAAAGCAUCUGGGUCAGGGAUCACCUUUCUGGAUCGACUUUUAGCAGAUUUUCAAGCUGAAUGUGGAAGAACAGAAGGAUCAGUCCCCCAGCUCCCACCCUGUCCUUGUCUGACUGGAUGUUACAUCACUUGGGUGGGGAUUCUUCUUUUUGUGACCAGUGGACCAGUCCCUUUGAUUUCAAUGGAAGUUAUGACUUGUGCCGAAAAGCCGACAAUGAAAACAUUAAGACAAAUGUUUAGAACUGCCGUUGCCUGUUGGCCUUCAGUUCCAGUCCUGUUAGCUUCAGCUUGAGAUGGCUUCCGUGUGCUUUCUGUCCUGCCUGUUUUCCAGGAGCGAAAGGGAGACCCUCUACCCAAAGAGAGGAAUUUUCCUCCGAACUCACCGAAGAAAUCUUAGGUGAGGAGUUUUAUAAUGGGGUAGUGGUCUCAGAUGUUAUUCAGUUUCACCAAGAGCAGACCUUAUACCUAGAGAACCCACUUUCCAGUGGCCAUUCUCAACAUAAAAAGUACUUACGGGCGUCCUAACCCUGCCAUCCCCAGUUGGAUCUCGCGGUCCUUUUCUGAGCUACGUGCAGUUGGUAUUCAGUUAAACACAGGCAUGGCCAGGGAUGCAAGCUUCUCCCAGUCUCUGAGCAAGAGGACUGAAAUUCAGCAUUUGUAAAUUGAGAGCCAAUAGGCCUGGGAUUUUGAGUGAACACACAGUUCUGAACAUAUUUUUGCAUGUGGCUUGGGAAGGGAAGAAAUGGUACCUUGGAAAUAAAGGAGGUAUUUUUUUUCCUAAGAAAGAAUUUUUCCUAAGAGAAAAUCGUUUCUGAUACAAUCUUUCUGUUGGUUAGCUUUAAUUUUUCCACUCUUUUUCUGAUCCCACACUCCUUCAGUGACCAAAUGAAUAUCCCCCAACUCCUCAUGCAUCAGGAAUGUCUGCUUAAUAGUAGACAAUAUCUAACUGAAUCUGCAAAUGCGGGACCUGAGAUAUCGCCUCCAUGUGCACACUUCUGUGUGCAAGUAUACUAUAAUUACAAGUAGCAUUUACUGCCACGUCAUACAGUCAGACUUGCGAGAUAAACUUCUAGAAGCUGGUUAGUGCCAUCAGAGUCUCCUUUGGAAGCUGCUAUCGGGUGAAUGCCACCCCGUAACACCUACCAGCAGUAGGGGGGGGUACCAUGUUCGCCUGAUUUCACACCUAAGAGGAAAUCAACAGCAAUUACACAGAAUCAAGCAGAUGUAGUAUUAGCCUAAGAGUAAAGAAGCCUGGAUUCUAAUGUAGGCUGUGUUACUCUUAUUGUGUGGCCUUGGGCAAGUCACUUAACCUUUUCAUGGCUAUUCCCUCAUCUGUAAAAUAAGGGUAUCCGACUAGAUGACCCCAAAGUCUUUCCAAAAGUCCUAUCUUUCUAUGGCACCUUAGGUUGCCUUGCAAGUUCAGCCUGCUCAAAUGAUGGCAAAUAUCGCAUGCUUAAGCCUGGGUUUCUUAGGUGGCAGUUAAACAGUAGAACUAUGUCAAAUGAUAGGGAAAAUGAAAGCCUCAAAUAAAUGCAAAUAAUACUAGGGAACGUUGAUAAAACUUGCGGCAGCCUUCCAAAUCCUCACAGUUGUUUUGUUUUGUUUUUGUUUUUGAUGUCCUUUUUCUGUGGUGUGUUCCCAGUUUUCGUUUUCCAUAUAUUCUGUAUGUAAACUCUGAUUUUCAUUAAGCUGUGGCCAGUAUUUGCUACUAGAACAGAAAUGCACUGUCACACUUGCUAGAACACAGCUACAUUUGGGCCUCUCCUUUCCUAGGAAGCAAUGCUGGUCUUCAUAGAGUUUACUUUGUAAAGGGCACAAGAUGGCAGAACCCAUGCAUUUUAAUGGCUGGGACUAUUCAGAAUGGACAUAAGCACUUGCAGGUUGCAGAGAAAGAAAUGAAAAAGUGAGCACACGCUAUUAGCAUUAAGGAGUGUUGACAAAUCAACUUGUUGGGAACCAAAGAGAGCAUUUCUGAUGACAACUCCCACAGCGAUGGGCCAGGUGUAUGAGUAUACUGCUGGAAAGAGGGUAAACUGGAAGUUCGUUAGUCCCAACGCCCUGCCUAUAGCAGAGUGCCAACCAGCCCUGAGUGCGAAACUCAAGUUCAGUAUGUGUGCUUGUGUGUGGUGUGCUUUAUGGACCCGCAUAUACUAUAUUCAUUAGUGAUGAUAAGACCUUUCACAGAAUCCUAUAACCAUUAGUGGGUUGAGUUUUAAAUCUCAGUACAUCAGCCGGGAGGAGUCAGAUCACAGGGUACUGAUGUCUGCUGGGAUUAUACUCAUCAUAUCCAGACAAAACAAGUUGAGGAGGAUCUAUAUUUUCAUUCUUUAUCAGAAUUGUAUCUCAUUUGGUUGUGCAUUACUUUUGUUAAAAUGUGUUAUUUGUAAACCCAUGUGUAGUGCAACUCUUCUGUAACUUUGGAUUAAAGGUAUUUAUGGUCUUUUUGUUUGUUUGAGUUUUAAGUAAGUUAUUUCUUUCGUAGACCUGCUGAUGGUAUGGUUCCAUCCUUCUGACCUCAGCUUCUGAUUUUUUUUAAUGACUUUUUGUUUCCAAUAUUGUUAUUUUAAAUUGUGGUUGAAGCAAUAGAAAAUUGAAAUAUGGAUUGUGCAUGACUGUGUCUUGAGUGUAAAAAUAUUGCAGUUUGAAACUUGGACCUAAAGUAUUGCAAAUAAAAAUGACAAACAUCAA